UUCAGCUUUGCUUCACUUUCUUUUCCUGCAGAGUUGUCCGUCCUCUGAUCUCGUAUCUGUGAUACAGACAUAAAGUUGCUUCCAUUUUUUGCGCUUCUGCUCCGGGAACGCCGCCGUAGGAGAUGUCGUACGAUUACUUGUUCAAAUACAUAAUUAUCGGAGACACUGGGGUGGGGAAAUCGUGCCUGCUACUGCAGUUCACGGACAAGAGGUUCCAACCGGUACACGAUCUUACUAUCGGAGUUGAGUUUGGGGCUCGCAUGAUCACAGCGGCAGACGGUCGCCGCAUCAAGCUUCAAGUUUGGGAUACGGCUGGGCAAGAAUCAUUCAGAUCUAUCACCAGAUCAUACUACAGAGGAGCUGCAGGUGCUCUACUGGUUUAUGACAUAACCAGUUAAAAACUCAUCUAUAUAGGAGAGAAACGUUCAAUCAUCUUGCAAGCUGGCUGGAAGAUGCUCAGGAGCAUUCAAAUCCAAACAUGACAAUCAUGCUUGUAGGAAACAAGAGUGAUUUAAGUCAACGUAGAGCCAUCAGUAAAGAAGAGGGUGAGCAGUUUGCAAAAGAACAUGGGCUUUUGUUUUUGGAGGUAUCGUCUAAGACUGGCCAAAAUGUUGAGGAGGCCUUUAAAAACACUGCUUCAAAAAUACUUGAUAAAAUCCAGGAAGGUUUUUUUGAUGUGUCCAAUGAGUCAUAUGGAAUCAAGGUUGGAUAUGGGCAACCACCUCAAGGUCAUAGUGGUUCAAGGGGUGGAGCAAUUUCUCAGACAGGUGGAUGUUGCAACUGAUGUGCCUCACGAGUCUUGAUUUUUGUGUAAUUGGGGUUUUCCUUGUUUGUAUAUCAAGAGCUCUAUAACUAUCGACAAUAAUACAUACAGCUCAAAGAUUGGUCUUGCACAUUCGUGUUUGGGUAGUGCUUUUAGAAGUGUAGCCGUGAGGCUUUGCUAAUGAAUAAAACCUGCAAAUUAUUUGUUAUUGCAGAGGCUUUUUUACACCACAACAAAUAUUACGUCUGUAACGGUUUCUGUACCUAAUCUUUGUCGAAUGUAAACUACAUUUACACAGCCCUAUUAGUCAUGGAACUUUGAAAGUUUGUUUGAUCUAGACAUCUAGUACGUGCAAUAUUCUAAAAGGUACGAAUUGUG